GUCCAUUUUACCUACGGAGACGGCCUCGGCUUGAUUUCAAUAGUCAAGGCGUUUCUUAGCCCGUCGUUCCAUGUUUAAUCGCAAUAAAUAUCGUCGUGUCUUGCCUUUGAUUCAACUUCUACGCAAACACCAUCACCAUGGCACAAUCACCACUCGCCCAACCGCUGACUCUGCCCUGUGGCUUGACCUUGCCAAACCGACUCAUCAAGGCCGCCCUCACUGAGCAAAUGUCCGACUGCCAAAAACUCCCCACGCCAGCUCAAUUCUCUCGAACGUAUGGCGGCUGGGCUGAUGGCGGCUGGGGCAUGAUCAUGACGGGCAACGUCCAGAUUGACGAAAAUUUCCUCGGAGGACCCGACGACACAGCCAUCAACGCAAGUCUCUCAGAAGAAAAAGUGGUUGCGGCGUACAAGGGUUUGGCUACGGCUUGUCGAAGAGCAGGGACACCGGCCAUCAUGCAGAUCAACCACCCAGGUCGGCAAUCGCCUCUGGGAGCUGGGAAGAAGGCAUUCUGGUCCAAGAAUCUUGCACCGAGUCCUGUACCUUUGAACAUGGGCUCGGAUUUCGUGUCCAAGGUGGCGACCAGUAUUGAGACAGUCAUCCAGCGCUUCGCCAACGCAGCGAGGAUCGCUGCUGCCGCUGGCUUCGACGGGGUAGAGAUCCAUGCUGCUCACGGAUACCUGCUUGCACAGUUCCUCUCGGCAAAGACUAACCUCCGAAUUGAUUCCUACGGUGGAUCUGUGGCGGCCAGAGCAAAGAUUGUCACCGACAUCAUCAAAGCUGUUCGCGCUGCGGUUCCUGCAAACUUCUGCAUCGGUCUCAAGUUUAACUCUGCCGAUCAUCAGUCUCCUACUGAGCUGCUAGAGUGUCUUGAGCAGGCUGCCAUCAUUGCAGAAGCUGGUUUGGACUUUCUGGAGGUCAGCGGGGGGAGUUAUGAGAACCCAACAAUGAUCACUGGAACCGAGCAAGCCACCAAGUCCGAAAAGACAGCAGCACGAGAGUCCUUCUUCCUAGAAUUCGCCCGCGAGAUGAGAACCAAGCUUCCAGACAUGCCCCUCAUGGUAACAGGAGGCUUCCGCACCCGUGUCGGCAUGGAAGCAGCUCUUAACGAAGGAGCCUGUGACCUCAUCGGCAUCGGAAGACCAGCAGUCUUGAACCCCUCCCUUCCUCUUAACACCAUCUUGAGAGCCGAGGUCAGCGACGAGGAUGCCAAGGUGUACGCUCGCAAGGUAGAGACUCCUUGGCUUCUGAAGAAGUUUGCGCCAAGAUCAGUUGGUGCCGGAGUCGAAAGUACGUGGUAUAGUAAGCAGAUGCAACAGAUAGGGAGAAAGUGAGGGACACCAUUGACUGGUCAUCAUUUUCUUUGUCCUGUAUUAUCAGAAGUACUUAAUUAGAAGUUAGACUGUGAUUCGUAGAAUAGAACAUCUUUUUUU